AUGAAAAUAGAGAUAGAAUUAUUGGCCGAAAAAUCAACGUCACGUGAUAAUAAUUUAUGUGAUGACAGCGUUAUUGGAAACAACAUAUCCGAGUCUGGUGGUGACAAUUCUGUUGAUGACUUCAUUUUCAUCAUCCUAUAUCAUCAAAUGAUAAUAGAAGCAACUAAGGAUCAACUGAAAAUUUAUGUUGAAGAUGACGACAUCACUGUUACUGUUAAUGAAGAUUUUUUCAAAGUUGUUCUGGCAUUUCUUUUGAGAAGAAUAAAAAUAGAUGAAAGCGUUAAAGUCCAAAUCAACAAAGAAAUAAUGACAUUACCUUUUAAGAAGAAGCCAGAACAGAAAUUUUGUUUCAGUGAAAAUCCAGAAAAAACUUUUUCUUUUGGUGCUGAAAUACCAAAAGCAGUUUCUUUUUGUUUUGGUCAAGGUAAUAAAGGCUGGUCUAAUUUUACUGUAUAUGUUUUAUUUGAUAACGGAGAUGUUUAUGCAAUGUGUCCAAUAAAUGUCGAAGCCAGCUUUCAAAAGUUCAAUGAACUACCAAUUUCACCUCCUACGCUUGAGGGCUUACAGCAAGCAAACUUUAUAGAAAUGACUGAAAUUCAGCAAAAAGCAAUUCCACUUGCAUUAAAAGGAAAAGAUAUAUUAGGAGCAGCUAAAACCGGCAGUGGAUUUCCUUUAGAGAGUAGAACUACACCAAUUAAAUUGUCAAUUGAUGAUGUUACUCGUUUGAAAAGUAUGGGAUUUCCCGAAACAGAUAAACUAGAGUUUCCAAUCAAACUACAAGAAGUUCUAACUUCUCAAGGAUUAACUUGUCAACCAAUUCUUUUGUCACAAAUUGGCAAUAAACAAUCAUCCAAAGAAUUUGAUAGGGUUAAUAGUGAAUUGAUAAGAGGAAUUUCGUUAACAAUUGUUAAUGAAAUAAUACCAAUUAAAUCUUCUGCUCACAUAUUAAUUAAUAGAAUAAAAUUACAAUUUCAAAUGAUAAAACAUCAAGCAGAUCUUUUACAGGAUCUUAAAAAUACCAUGGAAGAGAAUAAACAUCUUAAUUCAGAAUUGGAUGAUCGUGUAAAUAAAAUCAAACAAAAACAUUCUUUUUUAGAAAGUAAAGCCAAUCAAAUUCUUCAAAAAAGAAUAAUUCAAUCAAAUCCAAUUCUCGGAGAAUUUGAAAAUGAGUAUUUUGAUAUGUUAAAUCGAGUUCAAGAAGAUUUAAAUGAUGAAAAUGGUUUAAAAGCUAAAAUACAAUUACGGCACUCAAAACUGUCUAAAUACAAUCAGCCAAAGUCAAAAUCAAAUCAUUCUAAUUCUAAUCAAAUUCAUUUACUUACCGGAAGUCAAUUACACAAAGUUGAGACUGCUUUAGACAAAGAGUAA